UAAAUACAAGUUGCAUAGAAUUUCGGCGACAUUUGCAUCGCAGUCCCUUGGAACAACGACACGAAUUUCAACGGAUAUUUUACAAUCAGUGGAGCCAUGGCAGACGCAUUGCUUAUUGCAAAGAAGGACGAUCUUCAGUCGAAGAUUGGACCCUUUCCUGUUCUCCUUCUUGAAACGUUUCAAAACUGGGGAAUGACGCAACAGAUGACUGUAAUUUCGGUGAAACCCAAGACGGCUAAAGAAGUUGAAGACAUCCUUGCUGCAGCCAUCAGUUAUAACGCAGAGUUGAAAAACACAGUGAAGGUCUCCGUGCGUUGUGUGGGUGAUGGACAUUCUUGGUCUCCUCUUUUCCCAGACAAGGGAAGCAUCUUGAUGUACACCUCAAACCUCGUUCUGAACUCACAUCAGCGCAUUAGACUUGAUCAGGUUGAACUUUGCACGCAAAAUCCAUUGACUAUAACCAUGGCACCAGGUGUAACAACUGGAGAACUCAGCAAAUUCUUCACUGAAAACAACGUGUGUUUUAACACCGAUGUCAUCUUAGACAAAGUGACUUAUGGUGGAGUAAUUGCGCCAGGUUGUCACGGCGUAGGAAAAGACCAGUUGGCAGUGUCAGACUACGUGACAGGAAUGAGCAUCGUGGGAGCGAAUGGUAAAGAAAGCCACUACACAUUCCCUUCGGGUAAUCCUGACCAUGACAAUGCCUUGAAGUGUAACAUGGGUUUGUUUGGAGUGAUGACAAGCAUUACUAUGGCGGUUCAACCAAUGACGAUUGUCGAAGUUGUGAACGACUUCAGUUAUACCGUUGAAGAUUUGUUUUACAAUCCCUCGACAUUGGAACAACUUUACGAAGAUAACUGGUCUCUCGAAAUCUUUUGGUUUCCUUUCAACAGUUUGUCCUGGUUGCAAUUGAUCACCCUGUUUUCCACUCAAAGACCAGCUUGGGUGCGUUGGGAUCCGAGAAAAGAUCUCCUGUGGGUUAGGAAAAUAAAUCCUGCAAACGUUCCGAAUGAACCCACUCCGACUGAGGUGGAUUAUGGAAUCAAGAAAGUGCAGGAUUUAUUGUCCACUGGAUUUGGAAGAGUAGUUGCUCCUCAUUUGAACAAAAACCAAUUUCUGGUACCAUCCUUUUUGAAAGCGGGAUUCGAAAUGGUGAAGUUGUUCAAUUCGACAACUCGCUAUGAGCAAAUGAACGAAGCCAUUCAUUACCAGGGCUUCAUUGAAAUCAUGCCCGUUCUUGACAUGGAGUUUGCCUUUAACGCUGAUCCAGGAACAUUCUCUGAACAAGUCAAGGCCAUGCAAUCCGCCAUUGACGUGACGAAAGAUUACUAUGACGACAAGAAAUUUCCUCUGAGUGUUGCCAUGGAAAUGAGAUGGAUGGCGUACAGCAACUGUCUAAUCUGCCCGGCAAAUGGAGUGCACAGCAAUACUGAGGAAAACAAGCAAACCCUGUACUUGGAAGUGCUUGGCCUCGCUGGUCAACAAAAUUGGGAUGAUUAUACGAAUGAUGUUGCUGCUGAAUGGAUGGAUUUGCAAAUAAAUGGAAUGUCAUCACUUCCUCACUGGGCCAAACAGUGGAGUUACCUCAAUGGUAUUGACGAUCAUAUCCAAGCGGGGUACGGUGAAAAUCUGACAAAAUUCCGAGAUCAAGUGCCACAACCUGAGAGGUUGCUUUUCUCCAAUGAGACGCUGAAUCGGGUCAUAUUCUCUGACCCAUCCUUAAAGAAAGCUGAGAAGCCAAAAGUAAAAAAAUCGAAGGCCCCUGCGAAGCCACCCCCAGAUGAAGCUGAGGUGGAGGAAUCCAAGAAGAUAAUCAAAGAUUUGAAGAAGCACGUGAAAGCCUGGAAGGCGUUUUUCAUGACACUGGGAGAGGACGUGUGGAAUGUUCCGUUUAAAGCUCGUAAAAUGAGCAUCGAGAAAGAAUGGGAGAAUACUUCAGGAAUCUUGCGCGAGAUUAACGAAAAAUAUCCUCAUCUUUCUAUUGAAGAAGAUUUGUACAAGAACUUAUUCCGUUAAGGUUUCCCAAGAUGAAAGAGAUCUCAGGAGCAUGGAAUUUCAGAAAACCAAAAGAAUCCUUAUUAAUCAUACACAAUUCAAGCCAUUAUGUUUUACAAUAUAGUUGCAUUGUUUAGAGCAGUUGGGAGAAUUAAUUUUUCGUUGUAAUUUUACGUAAUAAAAUUUGCCAGGC